AAGGAAGCAGAGUGCAAGCGGGGCAGACUGUCAAGACAGAACUAAGGUCUUCGGGAGACUCCCAAUGCGCCAACCAUGGCCUACCAGUACGGAAAAGUGCAGGACCCAAAUGUGCUUACUCAGACGAUAAUCUCCAACAUCCAGAAGAUAACGCAACAAACAUCUGAAAUUCAGAGAAUUGUGAAUCAGUUGGGAACCCCACAAGACACAACUGAGCUCAGACAGCAACUCCAGCAGAAACAGCAAAAUGUCAACCACCUUGCCAAAGAGACAGACCGAUGUGUGAAGGAAUUUGGCUCUUUGCCUGUCACAACUGAACAGCGCCAGAGAAAGAUCCAGAAAGAUCGCCUUAUCAACGACUUCUCCAAUGCACUGGCCAAUUUCCAAAAGGCACAGAGGCAGGCUGCUCAGAAAGAGAAGGAGUUUGUUGCCAGAGUCCGUGCCGAGUCCAGAGUGUCGGGUGGUUUUCCUGACGACAGCUUUGGAGGAAAUGGAAACCCCUUUGAAAGUGGGGGGCAGGCCCAGGUCCAGUCUCAGUCCCAGGAGGUGGCCAUCACUGAGGAAGACCUGCAGCUCAUCCAGGAGAGAGAGACUUCCAUCAGACAGCUAGAGUCUGAUAUUACAGAUAUAAAUGAAAUAUUUAAGGACUUGGGAAUGAUGGUCCAUGAGCAGGGUGAUAUGAUCGACAGUAUAGAGGCCCAUGUCGAAACUGCCGACCUUCAUGUUCAGAAUGCCACCCAGCAGUUAGCACAGGCUGCAGACUAUCAGCGCAAAUCUAGAAAGAAGAUCUGCAUUCUCAUUGUCGUUCUGGUCGUACUUGCUGUUGUCGUUGGUUUAAUCAUCUGGGCAUCAGUUAAAGGAUGAUGAUGCUUUUCACACCCACUUUGGUCCUGGCAGUUUCAUGAUUCUUUAGGACUAAGUUUGAGUUUCAAGGCCCAUUGCUUGUAAAAUGAAGACAAAUGUGACAGCUGUUUUGUACUGUCACUUUACUAUACUGAACAAAAAUAUAAACGCAAAAUGUAAAAGUUUUGGUCCGAUGUUCCAUGAGCUGAAAUAAAAGAUCGCUGAAUUUUUUUCCCACAUG